UUCGUUGCUAUACAAUCUAACGGACUUUCUAUUAUAGAUUGUUGACCAUGCUGUUUCACAAUGUUUUUGCAGUUGAAUUCGAUGUGAUUGAAGCCUGUUUGGCACUGACAAAUAUUAAUGUUGGAUCUUAUUAUUUUGUAAAGUGUAUAAAGAAGAAGCAGAAAACAUGAAAGUGUCCCAUUUACUUUCAGGGUACAGACUGGUUCUGGAGAAAAUGAACUGGGAUGCAGCUAAGGAGCAUUGUCAAGAUCUAGGUGGGCGAUUAGCAGACAUAAAGUCACAGGAAGAAGAAGAAUUUGUAGAAAGAUUUGUUUCCGGAGUAAACAAUCAAUUGUGGCUGGGUGCUACUGACAGGGAAAGUGAAGGAACUUUUCUCUGGCAAGACGGAACAAGUAUUUCGGACGCCUAUGUCAAAUGGGGAAAAAACCAGCCGGACAAUUUUAAAGAUAUGGAAUACAGUAUGGUACUUUCGGAUUUUGAGACAGGUUCCAAGUAGUGGGGUUGGAAUGACAGAAAAUGCCAUGCUGAAUAUUCCAGUUUAUGUGAAUAAAAAGCCUUAGAAACAUAACAAGCAGUUUUCUUUACCUUUCCAAAAGCAAACCUACGGGACUUUUUUUUUGGACAGGCAAGCAUUCGUUACUAUUUUGGGGUGGAUUCCGGUUGAGUUAUUCAUUCAUUACCCUUGGAUAUUCUUUAAAAUGAUAUAGGGCAUAGAAGAGAAUGAAAUGCAAGUGCUCUUCAAAAAAAAGCUUUAUAUGUGCAUAUGCUAGUUGUUUGAACUCUACCCUAGAAUAAUGACAAGAUCAUUAAAAUAUAGUACCUAAUAUUCGCAAAAAAAUAGUAACAGACGCGUGUCCGUCCCAGAAAAAAUGAAAAUGAGAUAGUCAGCAUUUAAUUUCUGACGAUAUCAGUGUUAAUACACGCUAUAGAAUAUUCUGGCACCAUAAUCAAUGAAACCAUCCUUUUACUGAAAUUCUAUACACGUAAUGGAUGUUAAAUAUGUGAAUCUAUUUACGUUUCAUGUGAAAAUACUGAAGCGAGUGAGAAUACAAACUCUCCUGCCAUAGGAGAUAGUGAAGUUACUUGUACAGCAUUUCCGUAGAUUCUUUUUGUGUAUAUCUGUUUUGAUCUAAGAAACU